GGAACCGCCAGGCGCAGCGCCGACGGCCGCGAAGCUCAAGGAUGCUUGUCGCCCCGCUGCUGUCCGUGCUGCUGGCGCUUGCCGCACGUGCCCACGGACACCCAGACGCAGGGCGUGGUGUGGUGCCAGGAGCGAUCAUCGUGGACGUACGCCACGGGCUGUUGCUGCCACAGGGCCGCUCGCGCGAGGAGCUGGAGCCGGUGAUACGCGACAGCCUGCGCAUCCUCGAUCUCUACCUGCACGAAACCGCCGGUUCUAAGAAGCCAUUCAGGAGGGUCAAGCGGAGCGCUGACGACAAGCACCUCCUGUCUCCAAAGCCCAUCGGUGACCGUCUGGGCAGGCCCAAACGCAGCGCUACCGCACGAAACGUCGGCCUACCGGGCUGGGCUAAGACCAGGCCGAAGCGUAGCCCCCACUACGCGCUAAACGCAUUCGCGAUCAACCCCAAGCCAGCGAACGAGUCGGGUGGCUACUACACGCUCUUCGCGCGAGUCUCUGAGGCUGCGCUGCAGGAUCUAAUGGCGCGACAGCCACCUGUCGGCAAGCCGCAGCCCGCACGACACCGUGAUCACCCCAACCGCUACUCGGGCGAACUGUUUGAGUACGUGGCAAAUGGCACGGCCAGCCGGCCGCGACUGCCGCCACCGCAACAGGCUCCGCUCGUGCUUCCGGUGCGAAACAAAGACGAGACGAAGCAGGACAGACCCGAAGCUGCGCGCGAAGGGGUCAAGUGCAUCUACCGCAAGAACUCUGUCCUCUGCUACCAGUCUCCGUGACCCUCGCUGAAACUUACGCUGCUUGCGAGAGGACGCACGUCCAAGCGCAGUCGCAAGGCCCCAUCUGUGAGCUGUAGCCAUUCGCGCUGGUUACAUGAAAAUACAAAAAGCUUGGGCUUUAA